ACAAAACUGGGCUAUACGGCAGGUAGUUUGCUUGUUCACUCUCUUUGUAGCUUUAUGAAACAAGACUGUAGAUGGAACACCUCUGCAAUUUUAGCAGGGCAACUGGUUGGUUAGCUGUUCUGGGCCUAGUUGAUAUAUCCAAGGGACCAAGUUUAUAGACUUUGAUCAUCCAAAAUUUCUGAGUUCUUAGGGUAAGGUACUUGCUUUUGAAAUCCUUUAAAUCUUAACAACUCAUUUUAACUUCAAUUGUUUAGCAAUUUAGAUCUAUCAUAUUCACUAAUUCAGCAUUUAUCAUAUUCAUCAAGUAGUUCCAAUAAAUGCUGAGUUGAUGAAAUCUGAACCAUUAAAAUUGAGAUUAGGAUUUUUCCAAAAGUUCAUCAACCAGCUAGUACAAUUAUUCCUGUCGUUCUCCCUAAUGUGAAAAGACUUAAUUAUUGAGCUUCAAAUAAAUCUCGAAGCCAAAAGAUGUAGGUAUUGUGACUGUGCACAGGAGAAGUGGUCAAAUUCAAUGCAAGUUUAGGUUCAUAAAUCCUAAAGUGCAUUAGAAUUCGGAUGUCAUUCAUGGCCAAGAUUUUGAGUUUUUAUGCAAUUAAGAGUGCUUAUAGUGAAAAGAGCCAUAGAAGGAAAGUUCAUUAAAGCACUAGGAGUGUUCUUAUCUGUCACUGGGAAAUACAUCUGGACUUUGCAGAGGAAGUCUGGAAGAUGCCACAAGCACUUGUAUCGGUUAUAGUCACACAAAAGAAGAGAUUUAAAAGACGAGCACGCAAACACUGAAAGGGGAUUAGGAUUAAAAACAAGUUGUGGGCCGGAGUUCUUUUGACAUGUCCUGUCAGAGUACUGGGCAACCUCGUAUUGAUGGCUCAGGGAAUUGCUACGCUACACACACGCUCCCAAUUUUGACCAUACCCAAUGCAGAUCCUGUUUGCCACAUCUUGCCGUGAAUGGCCCUUCUCAGGAUAUAUAACCAAGUGAUCCAUCCCCAUACUCCCUUGCAUUCGUAGGUUAUGCCAACAACCAUUGCAUUUGCUUCCAUUCUUUUUACAUUUUUCCUUCUUCCACAUACGCACAUUUUCAUGAUGGCCUCAGUUAGCCUCGAGGAGCUUCAUCAUUUCCACAAAAUUGAUAGGGAUGUAUUCUCUCGACUGGUCAUACAAUUUAAGCGCGACCCUGCAGAAUCCUUACUUGUCAUGGCUGUUUGGCUGUGGCUUGAAGAGAAGGGUUACCCGAACAUUGUAGUAAAAAUGGUUGGGUUGCCUGAUGCUGUUGUGAUUGCAUUAGCAAAUGAAGCUGUUUUAUGUUUGAAGUGUCUAGAAUCCAAGACUCCUUUUGUGGCACCAGGUGGUGGCAUUCCCCUAACUGCAAGACUUAUGGAAAGGGACAUUUCUUUGCAAAUGUUCAACCAAAACAGAUUCAGUGCAAUCAGUGGGAUAAAGAAUUAUCUUAACAGUGUUUGUUGUCAUAUUUUUAACGAUAUUCUACAACGUGCUCUGGAUGGCACUUCCCAAGUAAUUUUGAACCAGCCUCUUGUGAUUCCUAGUUCUACAUACCCAUUAUUUGGUACCAUAACUGUAGUGCCAAAACCAAUGGGUAGUGAUUUUUCUAUUGGAGGAUUAUGGGGUUGGCAACCAACUGAUGGUGUUACAGAGGAUGAUAGGACAAUGUUUCUGACUUUCUCGCGGGGCUUUCCCGUGCUGGAAGAGGAAGUGAAGGAGCAUUUUACAGAACUUUAUGGUGAUUGUGUGGAGAGUGUCCAAAUGGAGACCGUCCCUUCCAAUGAGCAACCCUUGUAUGCUAGAAUGGUUUUGCAUUCUGUUACUUUUGUUGAUCGGAUUUUGAAUGGGAAACGCAUAUCCAAAUUUCGGGUCAAUGGCAAACACAUGUGGGCUCGGAAGUAUGAACGUCGAGAAUAGAUCAUCUAAAGAGAUCAGCCUGAUUCGAGAACUUUUAUUUUCCUUUUCUUUCUUUGCAUAUCGCAUCUGUAAUAAAACAUGGUCCUGGGGCGGUGGGUUUUGGAUAUCCCUUGUCUUGAAUCAGAUGCACGCUUCUUUAUGUGGUUCCUGAAGAAUUUACUUCGACCAUUUUCUUGGCAAUUUGUUUAGCCGUACAUAACUUCCUUUUUCUAAGAAAGGUCAGUAUAACGUUCUUCUUCUUGAAUGGGCUCUUGUCUUUUCUAUUUUUUGGGUCCAGAAUGGACUUCC